UACGCGCGUCAGUGACGUCAGGCGAAGCGCCACAGCUGAGCACUGAAGGCCUCUGACGCCCACUAGUCUGAGUGCAGGGCAAGGAAUACGAGGUACACUGACAGCGGAAACAUAAAGGAGAAAGACAUCUGGUGGCUGAGCAACGUUCGGGAAGUGCCCUAACUGACUGAGUGAAGCCUGAGGGAGGCGCCAUCAGAGCGCGCUGGAAGGGGCCCGACAAUGAAGGCAGCUUCCGGGAGCCAAGAGGGCAGAGGCCUUCAUGCGGGCCUUCCUGAAGCGGAGCAUGCCCCACAUGAGCCAGCAGGCCUGUGAGGACCACCUGCAGCGCAAGGCUGUGGUCCUGGAGUACUCCACUCGCCAAAAGCAAAAGGAAAGGAGGAAGAAACCUAAAGGCCUGUCAGCCAGGCAGAGGAGAGACCUGCGGCUCUUUGACAUUAACCCAGAGCAACAGAGAUACAGCCUUUUUCUCCCUCUGCAUGAACUCUGGAAGCAGUACAUCCGGGACCUGUGCAACGGGCUCAAGCCAGACACGCAGCCACAGAUGAUUCAAGCCAAGCUCCUAAAGGCAGACCUUCACGGCGCUAUUAUCUCAGUCACAAAAUCUAAGUGCCCGUCCUAUGUGGGAGUCACAGGAAUCCUCUUGCAGGAGACAAAGCACAUCUUCAAAAUCACCACCAAAGAAGAUCGUCUGAAAGUUAUCCCCAAGCUAAACUGUGUGUUCACCAUAGAAACUGAUGACUUCAUUUCCUACAUUUACGGAAGCAAAUUCCAGCUUCGGUCCAGUGAGCGGUCUGCCAAGAAGUUCAAAGCAAAGGGAACAAUUGACCUGUGAACUUUUGAUCUGUAGGCAGAUGUUCAUGGCAGCUGAGAAUUGGAACCACCCUAAACACCCAGCUCUCAGUGAAGAACGUGUGGCUGUAGAGCAGAGAAAGCACUGGGUAGAGGUCACUGACAGUGCUGGAGGAUGUGGGGUAGAGUCUGGCAGGGUGGUCUUAAUGUAGCAUUGGUCCCUGGGCAGGGAAAGCCUGGCAGAAAAUACCGGGACUUAACCCUGGUUGAUUUGAAGCGUGAGUCCAUCAAGUUCUGUCUUUCAUAGUUUUCUGUUUUCUGAAUGUUCUGUGAUGGAU